UUUUCCGUCGGCCGUCGUUGCCGUGGUUUGUGCGUUGGUUGUCGCGCGUCCGUGGCCCGUGCGAUUAUUAAUUGUGGACGGCGGCGAGUCGCGACCGUUUUGUGAUUUGUAAUCCGCGCGCGCGCGCAGUAGGGGCCCAUGUGACAUUUUGAAUUUUUUUCCGUUUUUAUUUUCGUCCGCGGAUUUUUGCGGAAGUCUACGCCGGCCGUUCGAGACCCGGAGAUCUAUAUUUACUUCGCAUUCCAGCGGGACACGGCCACCGGACACGUCUUUUCGCUGGACCGUUUGGCUUUGGCCUAGUUUCAAAAAAAAAAAAAAUAACAACCCAUCAUAUAGGUAGGUGGUGGUAGCUACAAUACCGGCGCGAGGUGUAAUAAUAAAUCGUAAAAGGUCGACGACUUAGGUGCGCGCGCGUGUGUUUGUGUGUGUGCGUUUAUAUGCACUGCUGCGAACGUCUCGCGUUUGUUUAUUGCCCGUGAAACGACGAAGACGACGGUGGUUCCCGUCCCGGAAGAAGCACGACGCCACUCGCCGGAAAUGGAAAGAAAUCAUUAUCUGUCCGGUUCGUUUGAUGGUCUGUCCGACGGCGACCGCGACCAGCACCAAGUCCACCACCAGUACUUCAAGAGCUCGUUCGCCAAGUCCAUGGCGCUGGAAACGACCAAGUCGCUGAACUUUGCCGAUCUGGACUUGACCGGAAACGACCGGUACAACACCGUCGGAUCGCAGCGGAAGGUAAAUAGAAGACUUUCUCAAAGGUUUGAACCAAAUGAAAACAGCGAAUCAUUCGAAUUUAUUAAAAAAGAAUACAAACAUUUGCAAAAUCUCUACGACGACUUGCGUUCCAAACACGAGAAACUGAUGCACAAAGAUGCCAAUGACCAGGCGCCUUGCAUCGAGUUGACAUUGGCAAAAUCCCAAGUAGACACUCUUCAGUGGCAACUGAAGCAGGUUGAGGCUAGUAAUCAAAUGUAUAAAGCAGUGUUGGAGCAAGUGUCUAAAUUCUUGGAAAAAGCGCAUACAUCUUUAAACACCAACCACGACAAACCUAAUCUGCCCAUCAAGAAUAGAAGACCAUCACUGAAGAGUAACAAAGGAGAAUUUACAGAAAAGCUCUCACUAGAAGCUUAUAGAUUGUAUCGCACCGUUCAGUCUAUAAUUCAUACCAAAGAACCAGAUCUAGUCCAACACUUAACACCAUGCUAUAGUACAUUGUUUGAAAAGAUUAGCAACUCUUCUCUUUGUAGUUGCGAUUCUUUACCGGCUGUUUGUAACGGUGUAAAAUGCUUGGAAGUUUCUAGUAGCAGUUCAAACCAUAGUGAAACAUCUAUUAAGGGAUCAGACUUUUUCAAAAAAGAAACUAAGCAAAAAAAUAAUGUCAUGGAAGAUGAGAGUGGUUUCUCAUCAAUCAGUUCACAUGAUAACAGUAAUUCUCCGACUUACCCCGAAUUGGGAUUGCCACCAACCGGACAUUUUCCAAUCGAUAAAGUUUCAAGAAGAUGGAGUUCCGUGUCAGCCACACCUAUCAAUCAAUCAUUUAAUUACCAUACGACUGGAAGUUCAAAUACUUCGUCACCUAUUAAAGUUUGUUGGGUAUAAAAUUAAGAUUAAGUGUACAAUAUAACAUAUUGUACAUAUGAAAGACUUAUGUAUUCAGUAAUUUAUUUUUAUUUAUUGUUUUCAUUAAUUUGUUUAGAAGUAUCAGCUAUAAUUGGCGUGCUUAAAUUUUUAUAUAUCAUGUUUUUCAUAAUCUUAGUAGUUAAAUUCUAAUGACUGUCACAUUUUUUAAAUUUAAAUAUUUUAUUUUACUGUUCUUAUUUACAUAUUAUUAUUUUUAUC